GCUAAUUGAAAUGGUUUAGAGGUUAGUUUGCUUUUAGGUUAUGGUUCUUUUUAUGAAAGAAAAUAAUGUUAUUCUUUGGUAUAAUAAUAUUUUUUAGUUUAAAAGUGAAUAAGAUUUCAUUUUCAAAAACUGUGAUAUAAAACCUUAUUAUUAUUGUUUCAUUUCAUCUCAGUAAUUUUUCUUGGUGACACAAUGUUAAGUUUACCAGUUUUGCAAAGGAUUUUCUCAUCAAAACUUAGUUUUAUGCCAAAAUUAGUUUUCUCUUCAUGUUGGGUAAAUUUAAAACAUGUUUCAAUUGUCAAUUGUGAGUCUCAAAAUAAAAAUUUACCCAAAACUCGAUUGAAAAAUGGUCCAGAUUUGAAGCAUUUCUUAUUGCAAACAAAGUCCUCUGAGUUGACCGACAAUGCUCUUAGUCCUGAACAUGAAGAUGAUGACAUACCAUAUGUAGAUGUCAAUGCAUGGAAUGGAUGGAACCGUAAAGUUUAUUUUGAGGUUUAUGGCUGUCAGAUGAACGUCAACGACACUGAUAUAGUUUGGUCGAUACUGAAAGCAGCAGGCUUUGAGAAAACCAAAUCAAUUAGUGAAGCGGAUGUUAUCCUCUUAAUGACAUGCGCAAUCCGAGAAGGGGCCGAAAAUAGAAUUUGGGGCCGCCUUGCAGAUCUCAGACUGAAGAAGAGGCAACUCAAUGUGAAAAUUGGUGUUUUAGGAUGUAUGGCUGAGAGACUGAAACAUCAGUUGAUUGAGAAAGAGAAAAGUGUAGAUCUAGUGGCUGGACCUGACAGCUACAGGGACCUCCCCAGACUCUUAGCAUUGACUCAAAACAAUCAGAGCGCAGUCAACGUGCUCCUCUCAUUGGAUGAGACGUAUGCUGACGUCAUGCCCACCAGGUUGAAUGAAGACUCAGUUACCGCUUUUGUAUCAAUUCAACGGGGCUGUGACAACAUGUGCACCUAUUGUAUUGUUCCAUUCACUAGAGGGAGGGAGAGAUCCAGGCCUGUAGAGUCAAUUGUUGCCGAAGUACAGAAGUUCUCCGAUGAAGGAGUAAAGGAAGUUACACUUUUAGGACAAAACGUGAAUAGCUAUAGAGAUACCAGUGUUAGCACUUUUAGUAUGAACAGCGACACAAAUCUGGCGAAAGGGUUUGGCACAGUGUACAAGUCGAAAAAGGGUGGCCUGAGGUUCGCCGAGCUGCUAGACAGAGUUUCUUGCGUCAAUCCUGAAAUGAGAAUACGAUUCAUAUCUCCUCAUCCCAAGGAUUUCCCCGAUGAGGUACUGCAUCUGAUAGCAGAACGAACGAAUAUCUGCAACAACCUUCACAUGCCGGUGCAGUGUGGCAACAACCGUGUUCUGGAGAUGAUGAGGCGGGGCUACACACGCGAGGCCUAUCUAGAUCUCAUCACAAAUGUCAGAAGUAUUAUUCCAGACGUUGCUCUGUCCAGUGAUUUUAUCUGUGGAUUCUGUAGUGAAACUGAAGAGGAGUUUCAAGAUACCCUGAAGUUGAUCGAAGAGGUCAAAUUCACCAACGCUUACCUUUUUGCAUAUAGCUUGCGACAGAAAACCCCGGCACAUAGGAAGUUCAAAGAUGAUGUGGAUCCUAAGGUGAAAAUUCGCCGUUUGACGGAAAUGAGCAAUCUCUAUCGGAAAAUUAGAACCGAAGAAAAUAAAAAACUCCAUGGACAGAUUCAUCUCGUUCUAGUUGAAGGGACUAGUAAAAGGUCAGAAAAUGAUCUAGAAGGCAGGAAUGAUUGGAAUCAGAAAGUGAUCUUUCCGUUGACUGAUACUCCCGACAAUGAAAGUGGUAGUUCGACUCAGAUUAAGAAGGGAAACUAUGUUGCUGUAGAGAUAACAGAUUCCACUAGUCAAACGUUGAAAGGAGUGCCUCUCUAUCGUACAACACUGCAACACUUCAAUCAGAGCCUGCGACAAAGAGUUACCAGGAAUGCGUCUAUAAUUAGUUAAUAUAGCUUAGUCGUUAAAUAAAGUUUCAAAUUGCUGAAUGUU